AUGGCUUCGGCGAGGCCAGCCUCCAUCUCAGUGAAUGUAUGGAUUAUCGACCUGACAUCUGGCCCUGCACGCAAUCAGGGGCUAUUCGAUCGAUCUCACGGAUCAUCGAACAGUCGAACUUUUUCUCGCUUGCUCGCUCCCGCUUAUGCUGCCGGGCCAAUAGUCGGCAGCUCGAGGGUCGCCCGCCCCUGGAAGGUUGAGUCCGAGGCUCUCCUCUAUCGAUCAUAUUUCCCGUUGUCCAUUCUCGUGCUGGUGGCUGCAAGUCCUGCAGAAGGAGACCCAAGAGCCCUAGAAUAUCAUAUACUAUCUUGUGGUCUCCAGCCGCGUUGCUCGCAAGACGGCUGA